UCACCACGUUAACCAGGCAGCGGAAGUCAUCGCGUGAGCUCGGAGGAAGAACUUAGAAGCUUCCUCGCGUGUCGGGAGUCCGCGAGGCGCGUUUGGGUCUGUUUACGCUCACGUGGAGCUAAAAGUUAGCAUUAGGCCGCGUUUAGAGAAGUCUCCGCUCGGAUCUCCACUACAGUUCUGCUAGAACCCGCGCUGGUUCCGGUCCUCAGCAUGGCGGUCAGAGCUUCUUUUGAGAAGAACAACGAAGUCGGCUGCUUCGCCAAACUGACCAACACCUACUGCCUGGUGGCCAUUGGCGGUUCAGAGAACUUCUACAGCGUGUUUGAAGGAGAGUUAUCAGAAACCAUCCCGGUGGUUCACGCCUCCAUCGCAGGCUGUAGGAUCAUCGGCAGGAUGUGUGUGGGUAACCGCCAUGGCCUCCUGGUGCCCAACAACACAACAGACCAGGAGCUGCAGCACAUCAGGAACAGCCUCCCGGACUCGGUGAAGAUCCAGAGGGUCGAGGAGCGGCUUUCUGCCCUGGGGAACGUCGUCACCUGUAACGAUUAUGUGGCUCUGGUUCACCCCGACCUGGACCGGGAGACGGAGGAGAUCCUUGCAGACACGCUGAAGGUGGAGGUCUUCCGUCAGACUGUAGCCGAGCAGGUUCUGGUCGGUUCCUACUGUGCGUUCAGCAACCAGGGAGGCCUUGUCCACCCGAAGACGUCCAUCGAGGACCAGGACGAGCUGUCGUCCCUGCUGCAGGUCCCCCUGGUGGCAGGUACCGUAAACCGAGGCAGCGAGGUUAUCGCUGCGGGGAUGGUGGUGAACGACUGGUGUGCGUUCUGCGGCCUGGACACAACCAGCACCGAGCUGUCUGUCAUCGAGAGUGUCUUCAAGCUGAGUGACACGAUGCAGCCGUCCGCCAUCGCCACCAGCAUGAGGGACUCGCUGAUCGACAGCAUGGCGUAAAGCUGCCGCCUUUGACCGCUGCUGGGAGGACCAGAUGUAAAACCUAGCUGCAGCCACAAACACCCGUUGUCCCUGAGCAGAAGAACCAGGCCUAGAGCCUGGUCUGGGGUUCUGCUGCGUGUCACCCAGGAUCUAAACCGGACUUAAAACGAGCUCCUGGGAUUCCUCGGAAAGCUGGCGAAUGAGAACUCGUGUUUGUUUCUCACCAGGUUUUUGUGUUUUGAAUGUAAGAAAUCAGACUACGGGGAUGCUUUCUGUACAAUAAAACCAAACUCUUA